AUGGGAUCUUCCACGAUGUAUUGGCAUCUCUAUUUUACCUUGAUCCUGACGAGAUGUGGUGAUAUUGAGGUCAAUCCUGGACCAAGGUUAGUAGUCAGCGACGAGGAGCUGAUACACCUAUCAAAGCUAAUCGCACCUGGCUUCUACGAUGAGUUAGGUGUUAAUCUCGGGUUUUCCCUCGCUGAACUAGCACAAAUCAAGCAAUGCGCCAUGGAUACCAAGGAUGCAUUCAUCAAAGUGUUCUCGAGAUGGAGGGACAAACAGCUUCCAGACGCAAACGUCAGGGCUCUCCUUGCAGAUGCAUUACAACAGAGUGAAUUGGGGACCCUUUCUGCUGAUUUAUUGGCUAAUGUUGUAGCUCAGUCACGUUCGUCCAUGACAGUUCUAGGGCUAAAGAUCCAAUCACUUUCCCCUGACCAGAUCAAGACAUGUAGAGAUGAGCUCAAAGACAAGUACAGGACUGAUUUCUGUAUGAUAAGAGCUGACCCACUAGAUCCUGAUUCUGUUGUUCCUUUUGAAGAUAUGUACACAAACCUUUUCUUGGAAGAGGAAAAGCGAAAGAAAAGGAAUCAACUUGAGUACAAGGAUCUCUUUCAUCUCAAAGUUAAUGGAGUGUUCCCCAAACGGAUUAUGAUCCAAGGAGAGGCAGGGGCUGGAAAGACCACAUUCUUGGCUAAGAUUGCAUGGGACUGGAUAAACGAUAGACCAGAGCUCUCAAAGUUUGUGUGGGUACUUGUUAUCCCUCCGCAUGUAGCCAAGCGAUACACGAUCGGUCACAUAGUUAAGUCAUAUCUUUCAAAGGACAACCCAGCAACAGCCUGUCAGAUCACUGUGUACAUCCGCUCAAAUCCAGAAAAGGUAUUCAUUACCUGUGAUGGAUUAGAUGAGUUUAGUGGAAAUGUUCUACGGCACACUGAAAGCAACCAAGGUUCAGAAGGUACUCAGCCAGAGUCUGCUGGUCAAACCAAAGUAGGAUCAGAAACAAGUCCAUCAAGUGCAUCUAUGCGCCAAAUAACCAACCUAGAAGUCAAUGCUACUUCUUUUGAGAGAGGUGAUAUCACAGUUGAAGAUAUUCUUCGCUCAGAUGAACUUCGUUCUUGCCCAGUAAUGGUGACAUGCCGUCCAUGGAAGGCCAAUGAAAUAAGAUGGAACGAUAGUUUGAGAAGACUAUACACAUUCAUCCAUGUGGAUGGCUUUAGCAGGGAGAAUGCAAAGGCUUACAUUCACAAUUAUUUCAAAGAUACCGAGGCUACAGCAGAUGAAUUCAUCAAAUGGUUUGAAAGCAAUGGCAUAUCAGAGAAUAUGGCAUUAUAUCCUAUCUACAUAUCUAUGCUCUGUCACAUGUGGGGAGAACCUGAUGAUGCCAAGAAAGAAGAGUUCAAGUCUUUUCAAACCUUUUCUGAAAUAUUCCGUGAAGUGUUUGAAUCCCUAUAUGUGCGACAUGUCCAGAAAGAGAUCACAGAUCUAAGCAGUCCGGCUUUCAAUACACGUCGCUCUGAAAUUGAGAAACUCAUGGAACCAAUUGCCAAACUUGCUUUUACUGGACUAGAAUCAAACGACUCUAUCUUCGAUGAAAACGAUCUUGGACAGUUCUCAGACUCUGUGAAGACAGCAUGCACGUUAGGAGUGUUGUCACAAGAGAAUAAGCUCUCAUCCAUUCAUGAUAAGAACAGGCCGUACCUGCAGUCAACAUUUUUCUUUCCUCAUAAACUAUUCCAGGAGUACAUGGCUGCAGUCUAUCUCGCUUCUCUCUAUGAUUCAGAUCACAAUGAAUUUAAGAGGCUGUUUGAGGAAGUAGUGAUCCCUAGGAAGGAAGAGUUUAGGUAUCUCUUAUACUUCACUGUACCACGGAGCAAGAACAUUUCUAAGUAUGUCACGCAUUUCCUGUUACAACAGUACGCCCAAAGCCGAGGCAGUUUUGCGCAGGAGGAGAUGAAUUUCUUGGUCGAUGUAGCUUUGGAGAGUCGAGAUGAAGAUGCCAUAGGCUUGCUUAGGAGUUCAGUAUCAUCUCUGUCCAUUGAUGUUAAUGAUGUGCACACUAUAGCUGGUUAUGCAUCCACCAGGAUACAUUCAAAGGCGAUCAAAAUGACGGUUCGUGGUUAUGGAAUAUCCUACGGACCAAGCAUAUCAAAAGAUGUUGCGAAGAUGGUGUGCUCAGCACCGUCUCUAAGGGAUGUUGUACUGCCAGCAAGCUUUCAUCCAACCUUCUAUGAGACUCUUGCUAAAGAAGGAAGGAAAGCCACAGUCCAUACUCUUCAGAUUAAGAAUUAUGAGCCUGUAUCAUCAGGCUCUUCCCGUCACCUUGUAGAAGCUUUAUGUUCCUUACCUAACCUGACUAACCUGACACUCUAUGGAGAUCAUUGCCAGGAGGAGUUUUAUUCUCCUCUCAAUGCAAAGGCAUCAACCUUAAAGGUCCGUACUCUUGAGAUUAGGAAUUACGACCUUCUAUCAUCAGCCUCUUCACAUCACCUGGUAGAAGCUCUAUGCUCCCUACCCAAGCUGACUAGCCUGAUACUCUAUGGAGAUGGUUACCGGAAAGAGUUCUAUUCCAUUCUGAAUGAAAAGGCAUCAACUUUAAAGUGGGUCUUCAAGGGUAUUAUUGACAAAUUAACCGAGGAGUUUGUACCCAAGUCAGCUGCAUCUUCAACUACUAAAGCAGAACUAUCAUGGAUGAACUCAGAAGUCAAAUCUGUAAUCAAGAGGAAGCACAAGGCAUGGAAUGUUCAUCAAAGUCAAAGGUCGGCUCAAUCUAGAUGUGUUUUCAAUCGUAUCAGAAAUGAGACUAUAAGAGUUAUUAAUCAAGCCAAAAGGAAGUUUGAGUCCAAGUUGAUCUCAGAAUUGAGGAAUAAUUCCAAGAGUUUCUGGAAAUAUGUUGAAAGUAAACUCAAAAUAAAGCACGACAUCAGUCUUCUUUCAAGACCUGAUGGAUCUUUGACGUCUGAUGAUGAGGGGAAGGCAGUACUUUUGAACAAUUUUUUCAGCUCUGUGUCUACGAAGGAGGAUUUGAUGACCAUGCCAGAUAUUUGUGACAGAAGUUAUGCCGAACCUUUGACAUCUAUCAACAUUGACACUGAAAAAGUCCUUAAAGUGUUACAAUCACUGGACCAGUCCAAGUCUCCAGGCCCAGAUAGGGUACACAUCAAAGUACUCAAGGAACUUGGUGAACACAUCACCCCAAUACUCUCAAAUGUGUUCAAUGCAUCUCUAGAUGAAGGAAAAGUUCCAUCUAAGUGGAAGCUAGCAGAUGUAGUUCCAUUGCACAAGAAGGGAGAUAAGACAGCUCCAGGAAAUUACCGUCCAGUUAGUUUGACAAGUGUGGUGAGCAAAAUAAUGGAAACCAUGGUGAGGGAAGAAAUAGUGCAGCAUAUGGAUAAAAAUAGUCUGUGGUCAGAGCACCAGCACGGUUUUCGCAAAGGAAGAUCUUGUUCAUCUCAACUUCUCGAAGUGAUUGAAGAUUGGAGUAACAUUCUGGACAAUGGUGGUAAUGUGGACUGCAUUUACUUCGACUACCAAAAGGUUUUCGACAGUGUUCCGCAUGAAAGACUGCUGAAGAAACUGCAUGCUUAUGGUAUUCAAGGGAAGAUUCUGCAUCGGAUUAAAGCAUAG